AUGGGGUCGUUUGCCGGAGCGGCAGCUGCGUUCGCCCUCUACUAUGAUGCCAUCCAGAGUUACACCGGCGGCAACCUGACCGUGUACGGACCCCGAGAGACGGCCUCCAUAUUCUCCUCGUACCCUGCCCCCUACCUGAGCAUUGCGAACGGUUUUCUAGAUCAGGUGAUGGGGACAGCCAUGUUGAUGGUCGGCAUUUUGGCCAUCAUCGAUUCCAGGAACAAGCCGGUCCCGAAGGGUCUGGAGCCAGUUGUGGUUGGGAUGCUGGUCUUCUCCAUUGGCCUUUCCAUGGGAGCGAACUGCGGCUAUCCAAUCAACCCGAGUCGAGACCUAGGGCCGCGGCUCUUCACCUACGUGGCGGGAUGGGGCUCAGAUGUCUUCAGGGCAGGAAACAACUGGUGGUGGGUCCCCAUCGUAGCACCAUGCGUGGGUGCUGUUUUCGGCUCCUUGCUGUAUGAGAUCUUGGUUGAGAUCCACCACCCGGCACAGGAAACCAGAGUGGAAGAGGCUACCAAUGUAGAGGCCCCAGCAGAAAAAAUGAAAGAGAUUCCGGUCUUCACGAUAAAUGUGGAGAACUCUUUGUGUCAUCGGCUUUGA